AGACAAACAACUGUAAACAACGGAAUAGUCAACAGACUGUAGCAUGUAGUAGCGUGGUUAGUACUUCUACGAUCCGAUAAACUGGUGGAUAAACUCCGCUUUGGGCUAUUAUUUAAUCAAGAGUAACAGAAAGGAUGGACUUCUGCUGAUACUUUUCACUCUGUAUAUACUGGAACAAUCAGCUUCACUAUGUCAGCUGACGCAGAGCUCAGCACCAACACUGGUGAUGACAACAAACUGGUCAGACCAAAGGUAGAGUUCCAUUCUUUGCUGCAACAUGCAGGAGCCACGAAAGAUGUCUUCACCAUGAAGGAGGUGAUGUUCUACCUGGGUCAGUACAUCUUCCAGAAGCAGCUGUACGACCAGAAGCAGCAGCACAUCGUCCACUGCUCCCAGGAUGCACUGGGGCGGGUGCUGGGAGUCGACAGCUUCUCUGUUAAAGAGCCACGAGCUCUGUUUGCAAUGAUCACAAAGAACCUCGUGGCUGUGAAGAGCCAAGAGUCACAACCAAGCUUAAAUGAACCACACAGCAACAGUCAGACAGACAGAGGGACAGAGGAGGCAGAUUCAGAAAGUCGCUCUUCAUCACCAGACAGGCGGAGGAGGAGGAGGAGGAGAAGGAGGAGGAGCUGCAGGAGCAAUGAACCAGGACCCUCCCACAGUGUAGAGGGUGAUGAGGAUGAGGAAGAGUCAGCGGGGGAAGAGGAAGAGGAAAGUAAGAAGAGGAGAAGGUCUGACAGCUACUCCCUUACCUUUGACGACAGCCUGUCCUGGUGUGUGAUUGGUGGAUUGGGAAGCGGGCGGGACCGACACAGCAGUCAAUCAUCAGACUCACACAGCACAUCUGAGAGGUCAGAGGUCACAGUCCCAGCCUCAGAUUCAGACAGCGACAACUUCAGCGUCGAAUUUGAGGUUGAGUCCAUUGACUCAGAUGAUUACAAUGAAGACGAUGCCUCUCUGUCUGCUGAUGACCAGGUGUAUGAGGUCACCAUCUUUGAGGCAGAUGAUGAUGACUCCUUUGAUGAAGACACAGAGAUCACUGAAGCUGACUACUGGCGGUGUGUGACGUGUGAUGAGUUGAACCCCCCUCUCCCCAGAAACUGUCUCCGCUGCUGGACACUGCGCCAGGACUGGCUGCCUGAGGUGUCUGUCAACAUAACUAACUCCUCCCCCUCCGGUCCUAAACCUCUGCCCACAAAGCCAACCAGCCAAUCAGCAGCCAAAGAAGCUCCAGGUUCUGAUGUUGAGGAGAACGAAGGAGUCGAUGUUCCAGAUGGGAAAAGAGCGAAAACUCCUCCCAUCCUGUCGCAGAGUCUGUCUGACUCCACCUCCUCUGCUCCCAACUCCCAGGAUCUCCUCUCCUCCUCCCAGCCCUCCUCCCAGCCUUCCUCCUCCAUCGACUCCCAGGAGCUUCUCCCAUCUUCCCCUACUGCUUCACCUCCAACUCCUGCUCCUGCUGUCCCUGAGUUGGAGCGAAGCGUGUCGGCGGAGUGGCGGCUGCCGGACUCGUGCUUGGACCCCUGUCUCAUCUGUCAGUCCCGGCCAAAGAACGGCUGCAUCGUCCACGGGCGAACUGGACACCUCAUGUCCUGCUACGUCUGUGCCAGGAAGCUGAAAAAGAGGAAUAAGCUGUGCCCGGUCUGCAGGCUGCCCAUCCAGUCUGUCAUCCUCACCUACCUCAGCUGAGAUGCCCCGUCUGUCCUCACCCUCUGUCUGUCCUGACCUACCUCAGCUGAGACGCCCACUCUGUCGUCACAUUUAGGCCUUUUCCACCACAGGAACUUAACAACAUGUAAGUUGAGUGUAGAAGUGUAGCUUUUGUCACAGGUUCUGGUUUUUUUUUUGGGUUGGUCGGGUGUUUUCAGAGUCUUGUAAAGGCAAGACAUCUGAAUACAUUCUCUUGGGCUUCUUACAAGUUGAGGUUACGGGUUGCUAAGUUCCUGUAGUGGAGAACGUCUACAUCAUACUCUUUUCACACAUCAGACACAUGAAAGAAGUCUGCUAAACAUGGGUUCAUCCCCUGUUCAUAUGGGACAGUUCUCACAGGUUAGUCUCCUGUGAGACUCCAGCUCCAUACACUUCACAAUAACCACAGAAUUACAAUGAAUUAAUACCCAGUAAAAUUUAAACGCCAUCUUUCAGUUUCACUUAUCUGCUUUGGCACCUGUCCACACUUCCUGUUUCUCUUCAUCUGCCUCUUGACUCUCUCUCCUUUCAGGAAGAUGUUUAAAGGAAAAGUCUGCUUUUGCUCUGUAUGUUUCUUACUGUCAACAAAUUCUAUGAAAAGACCAAAACCACCAACAUGUAAGUCUCAGUAUGUUCUGAUUUCUCUACUGUCUGUUGGUCUCACCUCGAAGCCCAUUGGAUUGUACUGUUUACUUUAGUUUACUUUAGUUACUAGUACUUUAGUUUUUCAUAACACAACAACUAAAAGAUUAUUUUCAUUAUCGAUAAAUCUGCCUGUCUUCUCAGUUAAUUCACUUUGGGCCAUUAUAACAAGUAUUUUUCACUAUUUUUGACCUUUUUUUGAUAAAAUGAUUAAUCAGUUACUUAUAAAAUAAUUGGCAGAUGAAUCGAAAUUAAUCAUUUGCUGCUGCUCUUUGAAAAUUUGAAAAGUGGUAACUAGUAUAUGUUUGGAAUUUUGUCUUGAAAAUGUAUUUAAAACUAUCAAAGUACUUACUAAUAAAAACUAACAUGAUACUAACAAGCAUGUUAAUAUAUUCAUCGUUGGUUUCAGUCUUUUUAUAGGAUUUGUUGACAGGGAGAAAAAUGCAAAAUAUCACAACAUGAUUAAAUUAUAUGUCAUCCUGAAGCAGAGAUGAUCUAUUUGUCUGUCUUCACCUUCACCUCUUGUUCUCACCUGGUUCAGCUGAACUUGCUCACGCUUUGAAGGAGCACUCCAAAACUCAUCCUGUUUCCCAUCCUACCCAGAGUCAGAUGAGAUGAUCAGUAACUGUUUCAUCAGCUUAAAGGCCGGAAGCAGAGAAACCCGCUGACCUAGCUGCAUUUAACAGUGUAGACCCUCCAGAAAUGUUUGGAGGGUGUAUUCUCACCAUCUUCUCAUCUGAAUUCAGAUAAAAAAAAAAACAAAUCAGGACUCAUCAACAUGUCAGAUUGUUCCUU